AUCGUUUAACCAGAAGUUUAAGUUGACAUAUUAACGUCAAUUUUUGAAAACUAAUCAAUCGAAAGAGGAAAUAAUUUUGAAAUGUCGCUUACACCGGGUUUGGUAGUUUGUUAUAAUGAAAAUCGUUUGUAAUACUUUUGUUGGACAUCGUUUAUUACCCAAUACAUUAGCUCAUAAAGGAAGAAAACAUGUGAAAUCCACUUUAGCACUUUGUAAACAUCCAAAGUCUGGGGAGUAUUCCAUAAUUUUGUUCACAAAUAAAAAUCAAAAUGGAACAAAAUAUUCCAUAAAGAAUAAUAUUAAGCAGCUACUAACGAAAUUUGCUAACGAUGGAAAAUGUACAGUUCAAUUUAAAAUUCCAGAACAUGAUUUAUAUAUCAAUAGUGAUCCCAUUCCAUUAAAAGCCUUUAUUCAUCUUUUCAAACGAGUUAUAGAAAAUAAGGUUUCAGACAAAGAAUUAACUACUUCUAGUUUAUCUGUAACGGCUGUUAAGCCCAAAGAUAUGCCAGUGGUAAGUUUAACAAUAUCAAAAAGAUCAGAUUAUCCCAGUAAGGGGUUUCCAAAAACCUUGGAACAACUAUAUAUAAACAAAAUAGACAGAUGUACCAUAGAUAAGGGUAUAUUUAACUUAACGAGACUGAAAAUCUUGGAUUUAAGUUACAAUUUAAUAGAAAAAAUACCAUGUGAGUUAAAUACUUUACCAAAUCUUGGAGAGCUGUACCUAUCACAUAAUUUAAUUGGAAAAGGAAAAUCAUGGGAUUGGAUUGGUGGAAAUCUCACAAACACCCUACAUACAUUGGAUUUAAGUUACAAUGAAAUAGAGUUUAUUCCUAGAGAAAUAAUAAGAUUACCACAGCUCAGAUCAUUAAAUUUCAACUAUAAUCUUUUGCAAACUGUUACACCUGGAAUAGGGAAACUUCCAAAUUUGAGGGUGUUCUCUGCAUCAAAUAAUGGAUUGUAUACACUUCCUGGAAGUAUGAAGGGCAUGUGUCUGCUUUCACUAGAUGUUUCCCAAAAUAAUUUUCAUCAAUAUGAUAACAGACCUGCCCCAUCUGCAGGUGUGUUACAAGUGUGCACUUUAAAAGAAUAUGCAGCAAGAAAAGUUUUAGGAGCAAGAUUACCCUAUCCUCCAGGAUCACUUCCAAUAACUGUCAUUAGUUAUUUAGAUGGUGCAAAUUUUUGUGUUUGUGGUAAAGCUGUUUUUGACAUAUAUGUACAAAGUACCCAUAAUUUAAUGCUGAGUGCCAUUGCAGAGAGUGUUAGUACAUCUUCUGGAGAAAAAAUGUAUGUACCUGUAGAUACACUUUUCUGCUCCUUGAGGUGCUAUAGAAAUACUUUCCGUAAUAGAAAUCAGAGGAACCCUAUUGUCAGGUAGAACGCAGUAGAUUUUAAUUGAAAUUGAUUUGUAUGCAAACGAAAAGAUAUAAAAAAAUAUUGUCUUUGAUGUCUCUUAUGGUUGUUGUCAUUUUUACUACUCUAUGUUGUCCAUUAUUUAUUUUCUUG